GAACCACAGAGCGUGUAUGUCUGAUACAGGGUACAGUCGAGGCGCUGAAUAGCGUCCACAGCUUCAUCGCGGAGAAAGUCCGUGAGAUGCCUCAGAGCGCCCAGAAAACAGAGCCAGUCAGCAUACUACAACCACAGACCACUGUCAACCCCGACCGCGUCAAACAGGCUAAAUUGAUUGUGCCCAACAGCACGGCUGGGCUGAUCAUCGGUAAGGGCGGGGCCACGGUCAAGGCGGUGAUGGAGCAGUCGGGUGCCUGGGUGCAGCUGUCCCAGAAGCCUGAAGGCAUUAACCUGCAGGAGCGUGUGGUCACUAUCAGCGGGGAACCCGAGCAGAACUGCAAAGCCGUGGAGAUCAUCGUGCAGAAGAUCCAGGAGGACCCUCAGAGCAGCAGCUGCCUCAACAUCAGCUACUCCAACAUCUCAGGCCCCGUGGCCAACUCCAACCCCACCGGUUCCCCCUACGCCAACUCAGCCGAGGUCCUCCCCAACGCAGCCGCGGCUGCCGCCACUGCCUCCAGCCUUCUGGGCCAGGCCGGCCUGGCAGGAAUGGGCGGCUUCCCGGGCACCAUGUCCAGCUUCUCUGGCAAUGACCUGCUGGCCAUCACCUCAGCGCUCAACACUCUGGCCAGCUAUGGCUACAACACCAACACCCUGGGUCUGGGCCUCAACCCCGCUGCCGCCUCUGGGGUCCUGGCCGCCGUGGCUGCUAGCGCUAACCCAGCCGCUGCUGCCGCCGCUAACCUCCUGGCCUCCUAUGCCAGCGAUGCCUCCGGCGGCUCCGGCCACCCCGCUGUCGGCCUGGGCGGCUUCUCCCUGGGCUCACUGGCUGCCGCCACAGGGGCCUCCAACGGUUACCUGAACGCCUCAUCCCCACUGAUGGCCUCUUCCCUGCUGGCCACAGAGAAGCUGGGAGACGGGGCCAAGGACGUGGUGGAGAUUGCCGUGCCCGAGAAUCUGGUGGGCGCCAUCCUGGGGAAAGGUGGUAAAACGCUGGUGGAGUACCAGGAGCUGACAGGCGCCCGCAUCCAGAUCUCCAAAAAGGGAGAGUUCAUCCCCGGCACGCGAAACCGUAAAGUUACCAUAACAGGGUCGCCCGCGGCAACACAAGCUGCCCAGUAUCUGAUCAGCCAGCGGAUCACGUAUGAGCAGGGUGUGCGUGCCACCAACCCACAGAAGGUGGGCUAAAUGGGAAAAAAAAUGGGAAAAUAAAGGAAGGAUGGAGACAGAGAAAAUAAAAGGGAAUCAAGGGUCACGGCGAGGGGAAGAAAAUGUCCAAAUAUCCGUUCAAUAUUUCAGUAUGAAAAAGAGAAGAUCACAAAGGAGGAAGAGGUGGGGAUAAAACCAAGAUAAGUUUGUGUGAUAUGUGAUUGUGUUUUUAGGACCGAGGUCCUGAUGUUUUUAAAAAGUUGUGAGGAGUCCUUUUGAUGAUGGCGAUUAGAGUAAAGCUGAACUGGUCCACUGCCAAGCUGCAGAUCCAGGGGUGAGCACAUGAGUUCACCCCCAUUCAGAAACCUCAUAGCUGGGUUUGUUUUGGGUUUCGUUCUCUUCCGUUUCACUCUUCUAUCAUUGUGUGGGUUUUUCAGCUUCAGUUGCAGACCUCCGCUACAGGUGUUUUGAGAGUCAGUUGAGGUUCCAGACCAGCUAAAAGAGCAGAGAUGGAUGUUUGCUCAUGCCUUUUUCCUUUGAUGUUAACCUUGCUCCAUGUGAACAAAGCAAAAAAGUCCUUGUCUACAUGAGAGAGGUUAAAUGAUGCUCACCAGAGGUCGUCCAAAACCAUUAAGCAUCCAUUUUAUUCUAAAUUCUUAACGGAUAUCACAUUAUUAAUGACAUGCCACUGUAUGAUUCAUAUCAAAAUUAAGAUUUUAACACUUUGGUUGUUAUAAUUUUUAUUUUCAUCAAUUAUUUAUUGAAAUAUGGUCUCAUUCAAACACGUAUAGAUUAUUUUAACCUGUGAAUUCGGGUUGAUAUGAAUGUAAAGACAGUAUUAUUGUUAUUUUGUUACUAACGAGGAUCACAUUUUGAGUUGCAGUGACAGAUAUGUAUAGUUUUAACCCAGAACUGCACAGUAACUAUAUAUGAGUGUAGAUCAGGGGUCAAAUGUUCAAUGUGAGAGGAUAGAUGAGACACACAGGAAUGUACACACACAUACACAGGAACACACAUAGACAAUCAUUCAUACAUGUAGACCGCCACCCACAUACACACCACUUUUGGUGCUACGAAAACAUAACUACAGAUAGGCUUAUAUCUCCUGUAUUACCUAAAUUGAAAAUCCCUUUUGAGAUGCCAAGCGUUGUCCACUCAUCUAUAGUUUACGGGAUUUAGUUCUGCCUUUAUGUGAGUAAAGUAAGACUGGAUUUCAUGCUACGAUUGUCAGUCUUAAUAUUUUACCCCAGUAAAUCAGUUGUCCUUUAGUUGCCAUGGCAAACUGUUUCUUGUACCAUCAUGGGCAGUUUAGAUCCAAAUAACGUAGUUACUGGUUUAAAACCAAUCAUUUUAUACUAUUGUCAUAAAUUGGCCCUGUACUUUGAGUUUGCCAGCCGAUAUUGCUCCUUGCGACAUACUCCGACAGUAUGUAGAAAUAUGAUUAAACCCCCAUGGGAAGGAGCAUUGUAUCCGAAAGGGAAGACGGCACUAUACACAGCUUGAGGUAUGUUACAUUAUCUUUUCAAUUGAAGAAACAUCUAACCAGAAGAGUCCCCCAAGGGAACGAAGCACUACAAAGCAGUUUUGUUAAGAAAAGCAGUUUGAACCUUAUCUGUGAACAAGAAGACGAUUGCUUUAGAUUUAGGGUGGCUGGUAGUCAAGAGAGACACUAAUGAGAAAGAAAUGGAGUCACCAUGAAACACAUUUGGACUGAAACCAUUUGGAGUUUGUUGUGAACCAUUCUUCCCAAUCAGAGUAAAUACCAAUAUGGAGUCAAACAGUUUAUGCAGUUGGUCAGUCGAACUUGUUAUCUUGCCUAAAGCAGACAUUGACACUAGCUUAUAUUGGCAGUAGUGCAUAAUGCAUUGCUGAAACAUUUUGCUGACAUUCU